UUCGCCUAAUUUAAACGUCGUACGGUGGCCUUUUGUUGUAGUCAAAAUAGAUCCAAACAAAAAUCAGAAAUAUAGAUCGAAUGGUAUGGCGCAGGUAAAGCGGUAUCGAAGGUCGUCUAAGUCCUCGGAGGAAGGCGACCCGGACAACGAGGAGUACGUGCCAUACGUACCGGUGAAGGAGCGAAAGAAGCAGCACAUGAUAAAGCUGGGCAGGAUCGUGCAACUGGUCUCGGAAACGGCACAGCCAAAGUCCUCAAGCGAGAAUGAGAAUGAAGACGACUCGCAGGGCGCGCACGAUGUCGAGACCUGGGGGCGCAAGUACAACAUUAGUCUGCUGGACCAGCACACAGAACUUAAGAAAAUUGCGGAGGCCAAAAAGUUGAGUGCCGUCGAAAAGCAGCUGCGAGAGGAGGAAAAGAUUAUGGAGAGCAUAGCUCAGCAGAAGGCCCUUAUGGGCGUGGCAGAGUUGGCAAAGGGGAUUCAGUACGAGCAGCCUAUUAAAACAGCUUGGCAACCGCCUCGUUACAUUCGGGAAAUGUCGGAGGAAGAGCGCGAGGCCGUGCGCCACGAGUUGAGGAUCCUAGUGGAGGGAGAAUCCCCAAGCCCGCCAAUUCGCAGCUUCCGGGAAAUGAAGUUCCCCAAAGGUAUACUUAACGGCUUAGCGGCCAAAGGCAUUAAGACCCCGACCCCAAUCCAAGUGCAAGGUCUGCCCACUGUACUAGCCGGCCGCGACCUAAUUGGUAUAGCAUUCACUGGGUCUGGAAAAACGCUUGUCUUCGUGCUGCCAGUAGUCAUGUUUGCCCUGGAACAGGAGUAUAGCCUGCCAUUUGAGCGUAACGAGGGCCCCUACGGCCUGAUCAUUUGCCCGUCCCGCGAGCUGGCCAAGCAAACACACGAGAUAAUUCAACACUACAGCAAGCACCUUCAGGCAUGCGGAAUGCCUGAGAUUCGAUCCUGCCUGGCUAUGGGUGGGUUGCCAGUCAGCGAGGCCCUUGACGUCAUCUCACGCGGCGUGCAUAUCGUGGUGGCGACACCAGGUCGUCUAAUGGAUAUGCUGGACAAGAAGAUCCUUACACUGGACAUGUGCCGGUAUCUGUGCAUGGACGAGGCUGACCGCAUGAUUGACAUGGGAUUUGAAGAGGACGUUCGUACGAUAUUCUCCUUCUUCAAAGGCCAGCGACAGACACUUUUAUUCUCUGCCACCAUGCCAAAAAAAAUCCAGAACUUUGCACGAUCAGCUCUCGUGAAGCCUGUCACAAUUAAUGUGGGUCGCGCAGGUGCUGCGUCAAUGAACGUCACCCAACAGGUUGAGUACGUUAAGCAAGAGGCAAAGGUGGUAUAUUUGCUGGACUGCCUACAGAAGACCGCGCCGCCCGUGCUCAUUUUUGCUGAGAAGAAGCAGGAUGUAGACUGCAUACAUGAGUAUCUGCUGCUGAAAGGCGUGGAGGCGGUGGCAAUUCACGGCGGAAAGGAUCAGGAAGAACGAUCGCGGGCAGUCGAUGCUUACCGCGUGGGCAAAAAAGAUGUGCUGGUGGCCACCGACGUGGCCUCGAAGGGCCUGGACUUCCCCAACGUGCAACACGUUAUUAACUACGACAUGCCGGACGAUAUUGAAAACUAUGUGCAUCGUAUUGGCCGCACAGGUCGUUCCAACACUAAGGGAUUGGCUACCACGCUGAUAAACAAGACUACCGAGCAGUCGGUCCUGCUCGACCUGAAGCACCUGCUAAUCGAGGGCAAGCAAGAGGUCCCAGACUUCUUGGACGAACUGGCACCUGAGACCGAACACCAGCACCUGGACCUGGGUGACUCGCAUGGCUGCACCUACUGUGGUGGUCUGGGCCAUCGCAUCACGGAGUGCCCAAAACUUGAGGCUGUUCAGAACAAGCAAGCUUCGAACAUAGGACGUCGCGACUACCUAUCCAACACCGCUGCGGAUUACUAAACCACUACAACCACCCAAUUAAAAUAUUCGGCUUGUUGCUUAUCGCUCGAAGCUUUGCUUAUCAAUCGUCCCAGCAACCCCAGAGAGGAGAGCGAGCGCGUUUCGGGCUUAAGAAAAAAUAUAAAAGCAAAGACGA